ACUCGCCUCCAUGGGUGAAGAAACCAUCGUCCAGAAGGAAGAAACUUUUUCAUCCUCGCCGCCCAAGUUCGAAUUACCGCGCAGGAGUGGCGGGGCUCCUUUUCCCCACGGUCUCUGUUCGUUUAGAUGAGUGUCUCUGAGCUAUCCUGUGAAGUUCUCAAGACACGGAGAAAAAACAGCCUAGAGAAAUCAUCCGUCCAUACUUUUGCAAAAACAACAGCAUCUCGAAACCACAUGGAAGUGGUCCAGCGAGUUUAGGAGGAAUUUUAACAAGCAAAGCGUGCGUUUUGUUGUUCGUGUUUACUGCUGGCCAUCUCUUUGGGAAAGUGUAAAGGAAAAAGGAUUAUUAAUACAUCGCGCAACAUUUCUGCUUUUGGAUUGUCCACCAAAGGAUGAUGCCUCCACGAUGACCCGUGUCUCUGGGGAGGACAAGUCCCUCUACCAUGGACAGGAUAUAUGAGGACAUCAGCCAUCCGGAUGGAUCUACCGAAAAUUAAGAUGCAUUUGCUGCUAGGAAUAGCAGCUUGGGUCCUGUGCACCAACAUGUGGGUGUCCGCUACGGGAUCUUUCGAACUGGAGGUUCUGGGAAUACAAAACACUCGGGGUGAGCUAAGCAACGGCAGUUGCUGUGCCUUACCUGACAUUCGUUUGGACAACGGCACCUGUGUAGGGCAGUGCAGGACUUUUUUCAGGCUGUGCCUCAAGGAGUAUCAGACAGAAGUGAGCGAUACUGGACCCUGUACUUUUGGGAAUGUGUCCACUCCCGUUGUGGGAGGAAAUUCGUUCUCAAUGCAUGCCAAUCCUCAUCAUCAUGUUGUGCUUAAGUUACCUUUCACAUUUCGAUGGACGAAAACUUUCACAUUGUUACUGGAUGCCAUUCACCAAGACCAAAGCUUAGUUCCAAAUGGAACACACCUGGAGCGAGUGAUCGAGAGGCACGUCUUCUCCGGCGUGCAGAUUCCAGGCAUGGAAUGGAAGAUCAAAGGGCACCGGGGUCGUGCCGCCAGGAUAAGUUACCGGUACAGGGUGCUCUGCUCACCACACUACUACGAUUACACGUGCGCCAAAUUCUGCCGGCCAAGGGACGAUCGGUUCGGACACUACAAGUGCGACGAGCAGGGAGACAAGGUGUGCCUCGAAGGAUGGCAAGGACCCAACUGCGAAACAGCUGUGUGUAAAUUAGGAUGCCAUCCCGAACAUGGUUUCUGCACUGUGCCAGGUGAAUGCCAGUGCCGCCCCGGUUGGAAGUCAGAGCUUUGUGAUCAGUGCAUGCCUUAUCCAGGCUGCAAACAUGGAUACUGUAACGGCUCGCCGUGGCAGUGCAUUUGUGAUAUUAACUGGGGUGGAAUUCUCUGUGACGGAGAUCUGAAUUUCUGUGGUACACACGAACCAUGCCAAAAUGGUGGCACCUGUGUGAAUGCCGCUCCUGAUAACUACACUUGUAGAUGUGCGGAGGGUUUUUCAGGAACAAACUGUGAUAUAGUUGAUAAUCCCUGUGCUUCCUCACCCUGCCUCAAUCAAGGUACGUGUUCCGAGAUAAACAACACUUUCAUCUGCACAUGUCUUCCAGGAUGGACCGGAAAUCGUUGCCAGACAAAUAUAAAUGAAUGCGAAUCAGAUCCUUGCAUAAACGGUGGCACCUGCUUAGACCUGGUGAAUGGAUACCGCUGCUUGUGUGAUCCUGGAUGGGAGGGAAAUCAGUGUCAAUUUGAUGCCGACGAAUGCAGUACGAAUCCAUGCGUAAAUGCCAAAGGGUGCCGUAACAUGGUAGGCGACUACCAAUGCACCUGCCUAGCAGGCUGGAGUGGUAAGAACUGUGACCAAAACUUAAAUGACUGCCUUGGCCAGUGUCUCAAUGGAGCCACUUGCAUUGACUUAGUCAAUGACUAUCACUGCGCCUGUCUCCCUGGAUUCACGGGUCGCGAAUGCCAGACCAAUAUCAACGAGUGUGCCAGCAAUCCGUGCCUCAACGGGGGAGAAUGUGUGGAUCUCAUAGCGGACUAUCGUUGCAUUUGUCCGGUUGGAUACAAAGGAUAUCGAUGUGAAAUCGACGAUGAUUUGUGCCAUCCCAACCCUUGUCACAACGGAGCCUCUUGCCUCAACAGGCAGUUCGACUACACUUGCAUUUGUCCCCAAGGAUUCCAAGGGAAGAAUUGCUCAAUACCCAAAGUUCAGUGCCAAAACCCUCCCUGCGAAGUUUAUACCGACAGAUGUGCUACAGCGGUUCCAAACUCUUCUUUGGGCAUGCGAUCCAUCUCUACAAGCUUGUGCGGGGAUCAUGGGAAAUGUGUUAAUGACCUUAUGGGCGGAUUUUCCUGUGUGUGUGAUCCUGGAUAUACGGGAAAAUAUUGCCAUGAAAAUAUAAAUGAUUGCUUGUCUUCCCCUUGUAAAAAUGGUGGAACUUGUGUCGACGGUUUGAAUUCUUUCCAAUGCUUUUGUCAGGAAGGCUGGGAAGGUCGCUUUUGUCAGAUAAAUAAAAACGAUUGUGAUCCGAACCCUUGCCAGAACAACGGCAGCUGCAUCGAUGCCAUUGCCGAUUACAUCUGCAAUUGUAAAGACCAGUGGAAAGGGAAAAACUGCAAUUCAAGACACUUUCAUUGUGACCUUAGCACUUGCCAGAAUGGUGGGACUUGCAUUGAUAUGGGAGACACUUUUAGAUGUCACUGCAAAUCUGGAUGGGAAGGUCACACAUGUCAAAUAGCUAAGAACCCCAGUUGUCAUUCUAACCCCUGUCUGAAUGGUGGUACCUGUGUAAAUAUUGGAACCAGUUUCUUAUGUAUUUGCCGAGAAGGAUACGAAGGACCUUUAUGUCAAUACGAUUCUGAUGACUGCAAUCCGAAUCCCUGUCACAACAACGGAACGUGUAUAGAUGGAGUGAACUGGUUCAUGUGCAAGUGCUCCGAGGGGUUCAUCGGACCCGACUGUCGCAUCAACAUCAAUGAGUGCGCAUCUUCGCCGUGUGCACAGGGAAGCACUUGUGUGGAUGAGAUCGGGACUUAUCGAUGUAUCUGCCCGAGCUAUCUGACUGGAAAGCAUUGCAAUAUCUCUUUGCUACCUGCUGAUAGCAGCGACUAUUGUGUAUGGAAAGGGCAGGUGCAUCCGGAGAACAGUAUCUGGAAUGAUGGCUGCAACGGUUGCAUUUGUGUGAAAGGAAAAGUGCACUGCACGCAGAUGUGGUGUGGACCUCGCUUGUGUGAUUUGGAUCCCAACUCUACUAAACGACUAUGCUCUCCCGGCCAGGCCUGUGUGCCCGUUUCCUCCGAUGCUUGCUUCACACCUCCCUGCCGGCCACACGGCAAGUGCGUUCUGAGUGACAACAGUUCGGAGGCACUGUCUCAAGAGCUCAUUCCGGACGAGAAGUGCGUGCCCAACAAUGCUGUACUCAGCAACAACUGUGCUAAAAUAACACUCUUCUUUGACAAGAGUAAAAUGUUCCAUGGUAUUCUUGUGGAAGAAAUUUGUAGUCAAGUUCGAAAACUUCCUCUGUCGUACAUGCUAAUGAACAACAGAAGCAAGGACAUGAUUAUUGUGCUUUGUGGUGUGAAAUUCAAUGAAGAAGACAGCAUAGAAGUCACGAUCUCCACAACUGGUAGACCCACCAUCGAAACAUUUCACGUCGUGAGCAACAUCACAAAGAAAAUAGCAGACUUGAUCAGCAGAAAACAUCACAACACAACUAUCCUCAACGGAGUGAUGGAAGUGAAAGUUGAAACGUCCAUGGUGAAUGCUGAUUACAAAGAGAGAAAAACUUAUGUUCCGCUGCUGGUUCUUUUGUUAUCCUUACUGAUUUUACUACUAGUUGCUGGUGGGGUCUUCUGGUAUUACUGGCACCACCGCCGUAAGAAGACCAAAAGAGACAACAGCCACUGCAACUCCUUGCCAAGAACUUACAGCUGCAAGUUGGAGCAGCUGGAAAAGGACGAGAAAACGAACAACCUAACCGAAAACAACCUGUGUCGUUACCACAAUUCUCUGCAGUCCGUCAUGCCAAGGGAACAACAGCAGUGCUCUUUCGUGCCCAGCGGGUCUUCAGAGAUGAUUGACUUUGACCCCGAUAAGGCCGACAUACCAACCAAAAUAUACAAGUCCAAACUACCAGAAGCGUGUGUCAAUUCAACCAUAUCUAGUGAAAAAGACUGUGAGAAAAAUAACACAUUUCGAAAACUUUCUAAUCACACGAAAGACAAGGCUACAGGCGCUGUAAUUUAGCACCAGAAAACAUUUUCAUAGAGCAUAAAUUAUUUAUUUUUUUGUGGAACUUCUUUUUAGAUUCCUAUCAUUGUCAUCAUCGUCUUCACAGUCACAGUCAUAUGCACAUGAUGGAUUUUUUUUUCAAAUAUUUUACCAAUGUGAAGUUUUAACUCACAUUAAAGACACUUGCACCUUUAAAGUGUAUUUUUUGAUUAACGUUAUGUUGAAUAAUGUGUGAUAUAGCAUUCGAUGUGCUUGCUAAGCUUUGUGUUAAUGCAAAAUGUGCAGUUUAUUAUUUUAACAUUUUGUGUAGUCCCCAGCUCAUUUUGUGUUUUUUAAAGAGUUUUUGUUUGUUUGUUUGUUUUGAUGAUGUCUUAAUAUAGUAAAGCUUUAAAAUUUAUUUGAUUUUUUUUAGUUAAAUUUUUAUUCUAAAAAUUAGAAACAAGUCAUUUUUUUUUGUACAUAACUUUUAGAAAACUUAAAUGUUUUUUUAUCAAUCGCAUUAAAUGAUGGAUUCGUUUAUUUUCAAAUCAUAUGAAAAUGUUAUUAUUAAGAUGUUUAAUACAACAAUUUUGAACAAUUUUCUUUUAUAUUUUAUUUAAAUCAUAUGACAAUUGCAAAAGAAAUACAGAUUUUAGAUGUCGUAGUAGAUGUAGUAAUAACCUAACCUAACCUAACCUAAAUAUUUUUCUACAAAAGUAAAACAUGCAUUAUGCAAAAUUAAAUUAGAUGUAAUUAAAAAUUUCAAUUAGAAAUAAACAUAGAUUUUAAGAAGAAAUAACUUAAUAUUU